UUCAAUCACGCAUAAUUUUUAACAGCUAAUUACUAUUUUUUAUUAGUUUACGAUUAGGUUGAGGGUUGGGGUAGGUGUAAACAUUAGCUAUUGUAAUUUAUUGUAAUUUUAUGGCGAGAUUUUUCUUCACUUCCGGCCGUAGCUGUAUCCCUUCUAGCCACAACCUUGCAUGUGCCGCAUAGAGUCUGUGUCUGUGUCAUAACACACUGCAGCUGCCAUGUCGAAACCUCGCGGGUUCGAGUUUUGGAAGAGCACUCUGAAGGGCGCACGGUACGUGGUCGCCCCAAUGGUGGACCAGAGCGAGCUGGCCUGGAGGCUGCUGAGCCGCAGACACGGCGCAGAGCUCUGCUACACACCCAUGCUGCACGCACAAGUGUUUGUGAGGGACGCAAACUACCGCAGGGACAACCUUUACAACGAAGUAUGCCAGGAGGACAGACCUCUCAUCACACAGUUCUGUGCCAACGAUCCCGAAGUGUUUGUCCAGGCUGCUCUGCUCGCUCAGGAUUGUUGUGAUGCCAUCGAUCUGAAUUUGGGAUGCCCACAGAUGAUUGCAAAAAGAGGCCAUUACGGCGUGUUUCUUCAAGAUGAGUGGGACCUUCUGGAGAAAAUGAUUAAAUUGGCCAACGAGAAGCUCUCUGUGCCAAUCACUUGCAAAAUUCGGGUCUUCCCAGAGAUGGAGAAAACAGUCAAGUACGCGAAAAUGCUGGAAAAGGCCGGAUGCCAGCUCCUCACAAUUCAUGGGAGAACCAAGGAUCAAAAGGGGGUUUUUACUGGCAUUGCAAGCUGGAAGCAUAUCAAAGCUGUACGAGAGGCUGUAAACAUUCCUGUGUUUGCCAAUGGAAACAUCCAGCACCUGAGUGAUGUGCAUCUCUGCAUGGAGGAGACUGGAGUACAAGGAGUCAUGAGUGCAGAGGGAAAUCUCCAUAACCCUGCCCUGUUUGAGGGCCGCAGUCCACCUGUAUGGGAGCUGUCUGAGGAAUACCUUGAGGUGGUGCAGAAACACCCACCCUGCAGUCUGUCUUACGUCCGUGCCCACAUCUUUAAACUCUGGCACCACACGCUACAGAUACACCAAGACUUGCGGGAGGAGUUGGCCAAAGCGAAAAAUGUUGCUGGGAUAGAAGAGAUUAACAGACAGUUAAAACUACGUUGCCAGGAGGAGAUGACUAAAGAUGAAUCUGAAUGGCAUCAAACUGGAUUGCCCUUCCCCCACUGGAUCUGUCAACCCUACGUCAGACCACCACCAAAGGAUCCAAACUCAGAAAAUGGCCAGACGGCACAGAAGACAAAAGCUGUGAGUGUGAAAAGGGCACACGAGGAGACCGAUGGACCCAACGACUCGCUCUCCAAGAACCAGCAGAAGAAGAAAGCCCGUAACCCUCACAAAAACUUCUCUCCGGAGCUCAGACCAAAAUACAUCAAGUGUGAGCAGUGUGGAAACCCUAAAGGAAAUAAAUGUGUUUUCAACUUGUGUCGUGGCUGCUGCAAGAGGAAGGCUUUCAAGGAAGUGGCUGAUUGUCCUGGUUAG